AGCUAUGAAUCAGUGCAGCUGACAGUGCUGCCACUCCCAAGCAAAACUGCUGCUUGGAUUUCUCUCUUUUCAAUAGGCACAAUUUCUUUUUAGUUCUACCAUUUUUUAAAAAUUAGCAUAAAUACGCAUAAUAUUUACACAAUGAUCAACAAGACAAAUCGCAAAGACAAGAUGGGAAUUCUCUCCCUUUGCUUAUUCUUCCUAGUCUUUAUAGUUUAUCUAGUCCUCGGAGUGGACGGGGUCCAGAUAGCUUCAGAAAAAAGAGUGAUGCCUUUUAUAAACAGAGUUUAUCUUCAGUGCAGGGGAGAUGAAGGGGCUAAUCUGAGCGGCUCUGCCCUUUUCUAUCGCUCACAGUACUCUGGAGGACCGAAAGAGCUAGUUGGUGCAGCUAGUCCUGUUGGAACUGAUGCAGAACCAACCCCUACAGUCCUUCUCCUCUACCUCACGCCAAGCACAGAAGGAGUGUACACCUGCGUGGAUAAUGUAACUAAUACUACAUCUAGUAACAGCAUUUCUCUUGUUGCUUUUCCCUACCUCUCCCCAUCCUUCACUCUUCCUCAAGUAACAACAGUACCGAUUGGCCAGAUCUCUCCUCCUUUAUCCUGUGGGUUCCCUCUUGGCUCCCUGUCGCAAUACUACAGAGUGGAGUGGUGGAGAGGGACAGCCAAACUAGACACUACCUCGAAUAACACGAAAUAUCAAGUUUUGAGCGAUUUGAGUCUUAUAGUGAAUGGGGCUGACACAAGGGAUGCUAGUUCUGGCUAUUAUUGUAAAAUUCUAGUGAGGAACGCACACGAGACUGUAACAUAUGAGAACAUGUCACCAGACUUGACCCUCAAAGUUACUGAUCCCCUCACUCUCAAUUCUUCCUUAAUAAACACUGCUCUCGGCAUCGGUCGGUCUGUUUCGUUUACAUGCUCGGCAGAAGGUAUACCACGACCUUUAAUUAAGUGGUUGAUUGGAGGGGCUAGCCCAAGCACUAAUCCUCGCUACUCAGUACAAGAAGAAGUUAAUUCGAGUCUCACAACAUACAUAACUACAAGUACACUGACAAUAUCCAGUACCAGUACACAUGACAGUGGUAGCAUUGAAUGCAUAGCUGCUUCCUUCUCCUCCUCUAAUGACAUCAUCAUUCAGUCUGACAGCAUCCAGCUAGCUAUACUAGCUCCCUUUGUUGCUGUACCUUCACUGUCUGUCAAUCAAAAUGGUGGAUUGUCCCUUUCCAUUGAUUUCCCUUCUGUAGUACCAGUCUUGUUUUCUUUAAACAUACGUUAUGUCAGUACAGUGGAUACUAAUAACAAUUAUGAGACAACUCUCUCAUCAGUUUCAUUUAGUAAUAUCGGCUCUAUCACUAGCUACAACAUACCUACUGAUAAAAUGCCCACUUUCACAUCUUUCAGAGCACAAGUUGCAGUCAGUGCUUUCAAAUAUAAUGGGCAAUACAGUGGACUAUCUAAUGCUGUUUCACUCGAUCUCCCCACCACUUCUUCUACAUCAUCAACUCCAAUAAUAACAACAGAAUCAAGUACUUCAAACGAUGACUGCUCUUGCGACAGCCCUACCUCGCUAUACGUAGUGAUAGCCGUCCUCGUGAUUGUACUGAGUAUGCUUUUCGUAUGCAUGAUGAUGGUGAUAUUGAUGCUGUCAUGCAAGAACAGGGCAGUCUCACAUGAUCCACGAAUAUUGGGCUAUCAAGACGAGGGAAGAAACUCUGAUUUGAAUCCAAUCUAUUCCGAAGUAAAGACUGACUCUAAGAAAGAUACCUUGCACACUUGUACCUGCUCAGGUAUUUGUACUUGCAAUGAAAGUAGAUAUAGAAGUCAUCCUGGUAGUUUGCCAAUGUCCUCUCUAAAUGGUUCAAUUCGUUCUAAGGAUCUUAAAUCGAGCAAAGAACUUGAAAAAGAACACAAUCUAAAUGAAGAACAAAAGAAUACAGAAAAAGGUCCUACAGUUAUGGAAGACAAAGACUCGGAAUCCAAGACAAAGGACGAGACUCACAGAGACACAGCAGCCACACCUCCUUCUGACUCUGUUCUAACCAUGCAUUCUCUGGAAAAUUCUCUAAAGAAAAUUGGAGCUUCGGAUUUACAAUUGACAGACGUACCUGCUACUUCAGACGAUGUUUCUAAUAAACUUCCUGAGACUCCAACCACAACAAGACCACCUUCUUCCUUAAGUUCAGACGAGACUAAAGAAGAGACAGAGACGAACACGAUUAGUGUACAGACUAGCCUGAGAAUGUUCCAACCAAACGUUCCCCUUCAACCGAGUCAUUUCCCUAGUUACUCGGAGAUCUCAAAAGAAACAGAAGGAGGCAGUAAAGAAAAGGAUUACCCUGUAUCUCCCACCAGCUCAGAUGAAUUAUCAGAAUGGGACAUUAUAAAUCCACAAUCAUAGUUUACGCAUUAAUGAUUAUAAUAAAUGCAUUUUUGCACAGCACUCUUCAUUUACACUCUUACAUUAUGCACCAAUUCCAUGCAUGCACAAAGCACCAUCAAGCGUCAGUAUUAUCAUGUAUUCUUGGUAUUAUUUUGUUGAAAUUUUAAAUAUUUUUGUCGCAUUCAUAUUAUCGUCUGAAUUAUUGUAUAUUUGCUUGAAUCUUGUACCUUUUUUGAGUGCAUCAUUGGAAAGAGA